AUGUUGCCAUUUCCACCGUUCUGCACUCCCUCCAGCGACAUCAGCAACAACAGUUUCUACGGCCCCAUCAACAGCAACUUCCGCAGCAUGAUUCCUGACAACGGCGCUCUACUCAACCUCGCAGGCAACUUCUUCUAUGGCGACCCCAUGCUCUACGCCGAUGGCUGCCAGUUCUGCCCCUCCCAUAUCACCCAGUCUCAUGUCUUGGACCUAGACGAACUCCAUUUUCCAGCGCAAAGUCGCUGCGCACUUCGUAACCUGCAAAACUUUAUUACCCAGAAAGCUCAAGGAGCAGAUAAGCGGGGCGAAGCGAGCCUGCGGGAAAACUGUUUCACGCUGAACAAGCAGAUGGAGUGCACGGCGAACGAGACGCAGCGCAGCAGCGACGAGUGCCUGGCAUUCUGCAGCAUGUCGCGGGAGCUGGGGCCGUGCGACGGGCACGGAGCGUGUGUGCCGCCGCAGGGGGGGGCAGCAGAGGCGCGCUUCAUGUGUGAGUGCGACGACGGCUUCGUCCCCACCAACGGCACCCUCGGCUCCACCUGCGCCCGCCCUACUCCGCCCCCUGCUGCAGCGCUCUCCACGGGUGCAGUGGUGGGCAUCGCUGUGGGCUCUGCUGCCGCCUUUGCUCUCCUCCUCGCUCUCGUUGUCGCGCUGCUCUGGCCCCGCCAACGCAGGCGGUGGAGCGACCUGGACGUGUGUCAGGAGUUCAGCAUGGGGGAGAUUCUGCGGGCGACAGACAACUGGGCGAGCAGCAAUGUGGUGAGGAAGGGCGGCUUUGCCACCGUCUACAAGGGCGUGUCCAGCAAGGGCGAGCUGUGGGCUGUCAAGCGCAUCGCACUCAUGUCCAACGACUUCCAGACCGAGGUGCGGGCAAUGGCGUCGCUGCGCCAUGAGCACGUGGUGCGCCUGUUGGGCUUCUGCCUGCAUCAGAACGUGGAGAGCGGCCAGCAGGAGCAGAUCCUCGUCUACGAGUUCGUGCCCAACGGGGACCUCAAGUACCACAUCCACGACUCCAAGACGCCUUUAACUUUGAAGCAGCGGCUGCAGCUGGCGGUGGGGGCAGCGGAGGGAGUGGCGUAUCUGCACAGCUUCGCGACGCCCAUCGUGCACCGCGACCUCAAGCCCGGCAACAUCCUGGUGGGCGAGCACAACCAGGCCAAGAUCGCCGACUUUGGGCUGCUCAAGCUGCUCAGCCACGCAGAGGGCGCCCACGACCGCACUCGAGUGGCCGGCACCCCGGGCUACCUCGACCCCGACUACAACCGCACCCAAGUCGUCUCCGACAAGAGCGACGUCUACAGCUUUGGCGUGGUGCUGCUGGAGUUGCUGACAAGGCAGAAGGCAGCCGUGGAGGGCACAGACAGCCACAUCAGUGACUGGGCGGCGCGCAAGGUGCAGGUGUACUCGCUGGGGGAGCUGAAGGACGCGGGGCUGGAGGCGCCGGACGAGGCGGUGGUGGAGCUGGCAGACAUCGCGCUGGACUGCCUCAAGAUGCCCGCCUCGCGCCGCCCCCCCAUGAAGGACGUCGCCCGCCGCCUCCACAACCUCCUCUCGCUCUACUGCAGCGAUGGCGACAGCCACUCCUCCCUUGCAGAGCCCAGCCUGAGAGUGGAAGGAGGGGGUGUGGGGGGUGAGGGCGGCAGCACGGACACGUUUGGAAGGAGCGGGUGGUCGGAGGGAACGAGUGGAACGUCUGCUUCCAGGAGUCUCAUCCAUUCGUUGUCUGAGAAGUGGCGCAUGAUUGAAUAG